AUGGCCCCACCAACCUUCGCUGAUCUUGGAAAGUCCGCCAAGGACCUCUUCAAUAAGGGAUACAACUUCGGAUUCCUCAAGGUUGACUCCACCACCAAGGCCGGAGACAACAAGGAGGUUGAAUUCAAGUCCAACGCGUCCCACAACCUCGGAUCUGGAAAGCUUGGAGGAAACCUCGAUGUCAAGUACAAGAUCCCACAAUACGGAAUCACUUUGACUGAGAAAUGGAACACCGAGAAUCAACUCGGAACUGUUGUUGAGAUCAAUGAGCAAUUCGGACGCGGCGUUAAGGUCACCCUUGACUCGCUCUAUGCUCCACACGCUGGAAAGAGAAGCGGAAAGGUUAAGCUCGACUGGGCUCUCCCAACUGCCAGAAUCACUGCUGAUGUUGGAGUUACCUCUGCUCCAGUUGUCAACGCUUCCGGAGUCUUCGCUCGCGAUGGAUGGCUCAUCGGAGCCGCUGCCACAUUCGACUCCCAGUCGAACAAGCUGGCCGCUACAUCCUUGGCAUUCGGACACUCUACUCCACAAUACACUCUCCAUUCCUUCGUCAUCAACUCCAACGACUUCGGAGCUUCCCUCUACCACAAGGUUGCCUCUAAUGUUGAGAUCGGAACCCAAGUUGGAUGGAAGGUUGGAUCCAACGGAGCAGAUUACGCUCUCGCCACCAAGUACUCCCCAAGCCGCGAUCUUGCUCUCCGCGCCAAGGUCAACAGCUCCUCCCAAGUUGCCGUUGCUGCCACCCACUCGCUGUCCCCAGCUCUCAAACUCACCCUCUCCACUCAAUUCAACCUCGCCGCCAACGACGCUCACAAGUUCGGACUUGGACUCGAAUUCGACCCAUCCAACUAA